GCAGCGUGUUGGAGCAGUCAGUAGAAGAAGCACCAUGAGUCAUAUGACAGCAUGAGCAGAACUGAGCAGAACUCCUCACAUCAUGGAAAGUCCCCAUUCCUUCUGGUUGUAUGGAGACGUGCGUAAAAUACGCGCAGUUUUUUACCCAUCUUGCAAAUUAAGAUCUCGCACAGAUUAGAUUCUAAUUUAAUCCAGUAUAGUAGAAGAUACCUAUACGUAUGAGUGUGAAACUUCUCAUCGACCAGACCGAAUUUCACAAGACCUCUAUCUGGUGAGCGAGACUUUUACUCCGAAGUGGUAAGAUGGACCCAAUUUUUGAUGGCGCGGACGAAGUCAACUUCACCACAAGUAACAACGGCACCAACAACGGGACCGUGUACUGGAACCAAUUUGUGCAGCCAGCCUGGAGAAUAUUCCUGUGGGCCAUUGCCUACUGCAGUAUAGUCAUCGUGUCGGUUCUUGGGAAUGUGACGGUGAUUUGGAUCAUCAUGGCGCACAAACGCAUGAGAACGGUCACCAACUAUUUCCUGCUCAAUUUGGCGUUUGCCGAAGCCUCUAUCUUCAACACGGUCAUCAACUUCAUCUACGCCGUGCACAACGAGUGGUACUUCGGACUGAUCUACUGCCGCUUUCACAACUUCUUUCCUAUCGCGGCUGUGUUUGCCAGCAUCUAUUCCAUGACCGCCAUCGCCCUGGACAGGUACAUGGCCAUCAUCCACCCAUUGCAGCAGCGCAUGUCAUCCACAGAGACCAAGGUCGUAGUAGGAGUGAUCUGGGUCCUGGCUCUGCUCUUGGCCUUUCCGCAGUACUACUACUCCAACAUAGAGCAGUACCCCGAACGUGUGGUGUGCUUCAUUGACUGGCCUGAAUACACAAUAUGUGACUUCAAAAAAAUGUAUUAUGUGUGUGUGGCCAUCCUGAUCUACUUCCUUCCUUUGUUGGUGAUGGGUUGUGCUUAUUUAGUAGUGGGACUGACCCUCUGGGCCAGUGAAAUCCCGGGAGACUCUUCUGAUCGCUACAAGGAGCAGCUGACAGCUAAACGCAAGGUGGUGAAGAUGAUGAUUGUAGUGGUUUGUACGUUUGCUAUCUGCUGGCUGCCCUAUCAUGUCUACUUCCUGCUGCACCAGUUUUUUCCCGAUAUGUUUGAGGAAACGUUUAUCCAGCAGGUCUAUUUGGCCGUCAUGUGGCUGGCCAUGAGUUCCACCAUGUACAACCCGAUCAUCUACUGCUGCCUAAACGACAGGUUCCGUGCAGGUUUCAAACAAGCUUUCCGCUGCUGCCCCUGUGUCCCUCAAAGCUCCUACGAAGGCCUGGAACUCAAGUCGACUCGCUACUUUCAAACUCAGACGAGCAUUUGCAGGGCAAGCCGAAUGGAGACCACUGUGUCUACUGUAGUCCAGGUGGGCGAUGAAAUGAAGCGCUCUAAGGUCAAAGUCACGCUUGGUCAUGGGCCUGAUGAAACCCUCAUUGGGGCAGAACCACAAAGCUGUUCGCUGGACCUUACAUCAAAUGGUUCUUCCCAGAGCGUCUCCAAAACCACAGCAUCUAAUUUCUUCUCAUAUAGCAACCUCCAAGAGCAGACGUUAGACACAAGUCACUUUUUGUUAGAUAGCCAGGAAAGAAUGUGAGUCAAGGCCUGCGAAAACCUUUUACCCUGAAUGAGAAUCUGAGAAUAUUUGUUCACUCAACACUUUCCUAUGUGAGACUUGUGCCGUUACCGUUUAGUUUAGUGUUAAAAAGGAAUGAUGAACACAUGACUGCUGUAAACUGAAGCAUAUGUGGGGCUGCCAUUUUUUUUUCACAGCUUCUGCUUGUCACACCAGCUCUGUCAUUUUGCAUGGAAGGUUCACACGUUCUCAAUCCCACCAGUCUAAUUUGACAUUGAGUUCAAACAUGAGAACAGCACGCUGCUAAUCCACAUUGUUGUCUGCUAAGCAGCCAACUGGAUGAACUUGGAUUCUUUUGAAAAGUGCUUUUUUUUUCCUUUUAAACUUGUCAAUCACAGGUGGAAGACAGGUAAUAUCUUUCCAAGCAGGAUUUUGGGAACACUCAUGUAAAAAAUGAGCGCUUGUCUUGUGGUCAAGGGACUUUCACCUGUUGCUGCUGAAUGUUCUGCCAAUUAUUUGAUGAACAGUUAUGACUCAUGUUUUACCAGGCUAAACACUGACUUGGAACAGCUGCUUUCACCAUCGACAGGCUCCCCUGGCUGUGAAUGUGCCUUGAGCAAAAUCGACAAACACAAAGCAAGAGUUUCUGUUUUGAAUUGUGCAUUUCAGACUACCGUAUUUUCCGCACUAUAAAACGCACUGGAUUAUGAGGCGCACCUUAAAUGGAUGGCCCAUUUCAAAACUUUGUUUAUAUAUAAGGCGCACCGGAUUGUAAGGCACACCUUCAAUGAAUGGCCCAUUUUUAAACGUUGUCCAUAUAUUUGGACACGCCUGCUGUAGUGGCUCAAUAUUGAUCCAUAUAGUUUAAGGCGCACCGGAUUAUAAGGCGCAGUGUCGGUUUUUGAGAAAAUUAAAGGUUUUUAGGUGCGCCUUAUAGUGCGGAAAGUACGGUAGUUAUAGAGGCGAGCUCCAUUUCACACAGAAAGCAGAUUUAAAUGUUUUAUUUACACCGUCUGUCAAACACACAUCUAAAUACCCUGCACCGCUUUUGCAGCAUGUUGGGUGUAGUUUAAUGGUUGAAUUAUAAUAUCAAGGAAAAUUGGGUUCAAAACUAAAAUCAAAAACAAAUCAAGAAUUCAAGAAUUUUUUUUAACAUAUUGAACACUUAUUUGAAUUUUUAUUUCUGUUUGUUUACAAAGAACAACAAAAUCAAAGGUGGCUGCACCAAUGUUGUCAACCUGUUCAAAAUCAUUUUACCCUUGGGGUAUUAGACAAGUGCAGAAAUGACUUAAUGUUGUAGACUUAAAGUGCAAUCUAUUGAUUUUUGCUGUCCUAGUGUAUUUGCUUUGAACACUUUUCUGUGUCAUCUAGUGUAUGAUGAUAUUGGCUUCGCUCGGUAGACGUUAUUGUGAAAAUUUGCACAUGCGUCCUUCUCUAGUUGAGGCUCUAAUGUAGAGUGAUGCGCCACGCUGCUAAGCAUGAUUAUAAAAGGACAAGGGAAACCGAGAGUCAGCUCGCUCUGCUGGAGUCCAGGAAAAAGACAGUUCGAUAAUGUGUGCUGCAGACGCCCACCGGGAUCAUUUAGGACCCUAUAGGCUUCACGCAUGCACUACAGAAAAGAAAGUAGCCAUUGUGUGAAAUGGCAAUCUAUAUAAAUUUGUCAUGCAAAUUCAUCAUACUAAUUAAUUGCCAUAAGUGGAACUGGAACAUUGAUAAAAUCUUAUUUUUUCAGUGGUAAGCAAAGCUGAUUUGUACAAAGAAGGAUUUGUGGACGUUCACUGAUUGGAUUAGUGCUGGGUUUACGCACACAUCCACCAAUGCUGAACAGGCAACGUGUUGGGUUUUGUGACUUGUUGCUUGUUCGUAUGUUUGGCAACACACCCACCUUCCCAAAAAAUACGUACAUACACACACAGCUACUAUCACCUGUUGAAAUGCAUCAGAUUCAUUAACCCCGCGCUCCAUCGAGUUCAUCUCGUGAUCUAUUCUCAGCUGUUGUUUAAAAUUCCAACGUCAUCUGAUGUGAAACUGAGAAGCAGAUGCGAAUCAGCACGACUCCUUGUUGUGUUACAUACCUAAUGGCAGCAUCUUUCAACUGGAAGAUUCCGGCAUACUCUGCUUUCCAAUCCACUGUAAUGUAUCAAGUGUAUUGAUGAUGGUGUUUAUAUGGUCAAAACAUUUUAUUUGCUGUAAGUUUCUGGCAGAGACAUUAUGUUUAAGUGAGUAGCACAAUGAAUGAGCUCUUCUGCCCACAAUUGUUUCUGCAACUCUCUGCUAAUAGAAUUGGAUAAGUCAGUUGUAAGUUGUACUGGUAGAGUGUCCAUCUGUCCUGAAAGAUCACUUUGACGACAAGCUUUUAUUAUGUGUGUCUAUUACACAAUGCGCGUUCCAAUUGUGUGACUGCACUGAAAGGUUACGAUCACACAGCAGGUCAAUUCAGAUUUUUUUAUUCAUGCAAUGUGUAUUAAGGUUUUUUUUUUUUUUGAAUCCAUAUGUAUAAAUUGCAUAUUGCAUUUGUAUCCAAUACACACUUAGGUGACGCUCCUCCAUCCUACACCAUCAUCAAAAGCCAAAUAUGCGGUUGAAGGGGUGUGGGACUUCUCAAAAUCCAUUUAAUCCCACUUAAAAGUAUAAAGUUGACAUUUGUGAAGAUAAUUAUAAUAGAGCCACUGUGACAAUUCAUGUGUUAGGCGCAACAAUAAAGUGAGGUCCUAGGGAGAUGGAAUAAUUUGUCUCAUUCGCCAAAGUAUUUGUCGCUCCUCCUGCCUCGCACCUUUGUCAAUCUCCUCAAAUCCUGAACGGAAUUCCUGGUGGGGUACAAAGCAUGUAAACAGAGGAGGUAAGUCAAGGCCAUUUACUUCCAUAAAUACUGCACCAUAUGACAUGUUUUGUUUGUCCAUUAAUGACGUCAUUUCGCGGACAUAUUUGUUUCGCGUUAGAAGUCGCAUUUAUUUUUGUAACUUGAACAACUGCAUAAUAAUAUUGUAUUUAAAAAAAAAUCAAAAGUUGGCUUCAUGUCCUGCAGUGUGAACGUAACCCAAGGUGACGUUGGUGUGCACGAUGCACAUUGUACAGUCAAAACUGUGUUAUUGAAUAUGGGUCACUUGAAAGUAAAUUUGUUUUUUUGUUUGUUUGUUAUAGCAUACAAUUUUAGGCUUGCAAAUUUCUUUUUUAAAAGUUAAUGUUUUUUUUUACAUCCUUCCGUAUAUUUUGUGUUACCGCCGUUCAUGGGUGGAUAUGGAACCUCUGGAAUGUUACAUAUUGUAAUUUGAAAUAUGGAUUUUUUCAAUUUGAGUCUCUUUGAAAAUGCUUUCAUGAUAGUUAAUGCUCACCCUGAGAUAAAAAUAUAGUAACACUAAGCUUGACUUUUACCUUAUACCCCAUAGAUGCUAUUUCCAUCAACUACAAAUCUACAUGUCCUCGACUGAACAUGUGCAAGCUUACUUGGGCUUUGCUUUUGUGCUCUAUUGUUUUGUCCAUUAUGCAAGGUGGCAGUUCAUUAAUAACUGGCGAAAGGAAAGAUUGCAAUGGCUAUACAAGUUGGAUGGACUUAAGUUGUCAAGUGUGACCAAACACUUUGUUGAUUGCCUGGCGUGAGUGUACAUUAAGACCCACCUAGUUAACCUGAAGCCAAAGUUACCGUAUUUUCCGGACUAUAAGGCGCACCUAAAAACCUAAAAUUUUCCGAAAAGCUGGCAGUGUGCCUUAUAGUCCGGUGCGCCUUAUAUAUGGACCAAAUUCCUAAAUUUAAACUGUCCCGAAGCAUUGUGUCAUGAAAUCAAUCAUAAGUGGCCGGCUGAAGACUAUGAAUCAUGAAUCAAAAAGACCACGGAUCAUUAUUUUGUGAUUAUAAAGUAAUUUGUUGUGUCUGAAGCUAAAAUAAAAAAGAUAAAAUGGAGAAUAAUUUGAUUUGGAUUAAAAAUCUGACAUGAUGCAUUAAUGGUGCGCCUAAGUCUGGUGCGCCUUAUAUAAGGACAAAGUUUUAAAAUUGGCCAUUCAUUGAAGGUGCACCCUAUAGUCCGGAAAAUACGGUAACCUUUCUUCCAGUACAUAAACCACGUAUAAAAAAUCUUUUGGGUGAAAUUUGAGGAUUAAAUACACUACCUAACAUCCUUUACAGAGAGGCCCCAACGCUUGACAUUCUUGAAACAGUCGAAAUGUGCAUGAUAUAGAUGUUCAAUGUUUCAAUCCAACUUUAAAAAGGAGCUGAGCAGCAAAAUUUAUAAUGGAUUUUUGACAAAUCGUUCGUGAAGUUAUUUGUGAAUCCAUGACUGGACCAAUACAUUUCCAAGGGCAUCUACUUCUAUGCCUUUCUGUGACUCUUCCUGCCGCUCUGAUGAUCAUGCUCUGUAAACACUGGAUUGGCAUUGCCUUGUUAAAGAACAAUAAGUUGUGUAAAAUUCAAGAGUUGGACUCACAUUAGAAGUUAAAAGAAAAUGAGUUUACUUGUGUUCCAGUGCAUAUUAUUUUGCUCCAGAAAUUUCUCUCAAACGGUGACUAUCCCCAAAUUUUUCUUUCUAAGCGGAUAUACAGUAUCUGAAAGAGCAAUCUGCAUUUUCCUUCAUUUACCAUGCUACUCUUUUUACAGUUUUUACAGUCCUCACACACUGGAUGAAGUGUUUUUGUGCCCCUUGAACUUUCCUGUUUAAGCACGACUGUCGCCAGUAAUUUAUUCAAUCUAGAUUGAAUUUAUUCAAUCUAGAAGUCCACCAAGCCAAGAAACAAUAUUUAGGCAUCAUUCGCAUGACUGGAUUGGCAAGCAAGCCUUGUCACCAACAGACAAUUCCAUGAAGAAGGAUGUGGGACAACAAAAACGUAAGGGUUGUUCUAAUUAGAAUUAUCUGAUUAGACUCUGAAUCCAAUCUGGCCCUUGAUGCCUCCUUUUCGGAGCGUUUGGACUCAGCUGGAGCUGGGCUUUGUAGUGUCCCUGACUGCUUGUGUUGUUGCAUUUAAAUGAGCUCUUAAAUAUGAGAAUUGUUUGCUUGUUGAUCCUUUGCAGAUGGUGGGACCAAGUGGCUUCUCGGCUCUAAAUUGAGCAUCAUUGACACUCAUUCUUUGUUUGAUCAGUACACUUUUAAAUUUGAAUUGCAACACACCCAAAUAAAAUUUUAAGGGCGCAUUCAGCCCAAUUUGAUAUACUGUAAUUCUGUCGAUUGUAGUGUUAUUUGUUGUGUCUAAAAAGCCAAACACGAUUGAAUACAAUUCUAUCAUUUGACCAAGUUGAGUGAUGCAGGUGAGGAUUCUGGGCCUUAAAUGAAUGUUAAAUCAACUUUGUUCAGGAGCGCUGCCUAAAUAAGCCUGCGGUAGGUUGUCUCUCUCCAAUUCACACUGCAGACUAAAGGUUGUUGUUUAUUAUGGAGAGGCGCCAGGCAGGCUACCCAGCAGGGUGUAUGGUCUCAUCAGCGUCAUAUCUUCCUGUGGUUCUAUCCAUCUCUCGCCAUCCAAUCAUGCUAAUUACAGACUAGAAGGCAGAGAGCACAGGAAGAUAUGUCCACUCACGCACACGGUGACUUGGGUGAAUCCUCCAGGUUGUGUGUACGCUCCACUGGAUCAGUGUGUUUGUGUAAUAUUUUAUUGGCAGGGUGAAACCUGCAAAAAUAAGAAUCAAGGCAGCGGGCAAAUACAUUUUCAAGGCACUGAAGGAUUUUUGAGAUUUCAACAACAUAACAUAACUUGUAAAAACAAAAAGGGAAAAUAAUUGUAUAGUUAAUGCACUAAUACAAGUUAGAGAUAUGAGUCUGUCACUUUGUGAAAUCGCUUGAGUUGUACAAAAUCAUACCUCGCUGGUGUUACCUUCUUUAACUGAAGCUACUUUGAAUGUGUAAUGUGGCUUGUGUGUUGUAAAGAGAAGUAAUCUUGAUAUCUGAAAUAAAAAUACUUUAUAUGUAUUGCAGUGAAUAAUUACAGUAAUGUAUGGUGUGAGCAACACCAAAUUACUGAUUGGUGACAAUUCUGUGAUCAAAGAGUAAGAAUCAAUAGUUUCUAUAUCAACAUUUAGAAAUACAUCUUUUAUAUUCUUCCUCGGUCCAUAUUUGCAGAAGCAAUUGAAAUCAUUCUGGGAGAUUUGGACAAUGUAAUCAUUUUUAAGGGAUGUCAUUUUUGUGACACUGUGUUCAUUUUAUAUGUACAUGUGACUGUACCACAUACGUGUAUGUGCAGGUACGUGUUAUGGGUACGUGUUAUGGACGCUGUUAGGAAUCGGUGUGGACCUGCACCAAACCUGUUCCCGCUCCAGCAUUGUUUUUGAAAACCUUGUCAUACCCUUAAAGCUGCAAAUGAUCUCACUGACCAAACCAUGCCUUUUGUUAUCCCUUUUCAGGAGAAUGUACUGUACAUUAGUAAGAGAAGGAAAUGUGAAAGUUGGCCGAGUAGAGAUUGCGUGGUUACCAUCAUGCUUGUUGUCAUCAAAGAAAUGUAGCAAGUAAAAGUAACUGUUUCCUUAGUACUGUGAUGGCUUUCGCCGAAACCACACCAUCAUUGUUGUUGUUUGUAAUGUAAAUAUUACCUUCUGUAUGAUUAUCAAUGUUUUGAAAUGUGCUCUGUAUGUAUACCCGCCUUCACUGUUUUUACUGGGCUGUGGUUGUUUUAUGUGUUCUGUGGCAAAAUAUCAGGGUGUAAAUGUG